AUGUCCGAAGCAGCAGCAACAACAACACCACCCGCUCCCGAAGCAGCAACAACGACAACAACAACAAAUACAACAACAACAACAAAUAAAGUAGCCAUAGAAACGUGCGUGCCGCCACCGCCUCGCCCGGGUUGUGAUUGCGCGGUGUGCGCGCCGAAACCAGCGCCUGGGGAAACGGAAGCGCAAAUUGCGCCUUUAAAUUCCGCCUCCCCGUUUCAGCCGUAUAAAUUAAUCAAAGUCGAGUUAGACGGGACGAAACGACCGUUGACGGAUGCGGAGCAAAAAGCGCUGGAGAAGACGCAUCCGGAUAUUUGCGAGUGGAACGUUCCUUUAUCGUCGGGGAAAAGGAGGUGGCAGAAAUCGUGUCAACAAAUCUUGAAGAAGUGCACGGCGGCGAGGAAACUGGCGUGGCCGUUUCUCGAGCCGGUCAAUUGGGAGGUGUUGAACAUUCCGGAUUAUCCGGUCAUUAUAAAGCACCCGAUUGAUUUAAGAACGAUUGAGACGAAGUUGAACGCGGGACAGAUUGAAACGCCGGAUGAGUUUGUGGCGUUGGUGAGAACGGUGUUUAGGAACGCGUACGUGUAUAAUAAACCUGGGGAUCCGUCGGGCGUGAGAGAGUGCGCGGAGCGACUUUCGGAGAUUUUUGAGAAGGAAUUGAAGAAGCUCGGGUAA